CCUGACGCCGCUCGCCAACUGGGGGGGCUCCCGCUCUCGCCGUCCCACGUCCGCCCGUAGUGCCAAUUGUUAUUAUCAAUAUCCCCAGAGAAACCGCCGCCACUGUUCCCUCUUGCAACAUCGUCACUCUCUCGCAGGCGCGUGGUGUUCAAUCUACUUUCCUUUUCGAAUCAUCGACUCAACUUUCCUUACUGUCACUCUCUCACAGUUUUUCCAACAAUACCAACAUACUAAAACAAGAGGCCCGGCGCUAAAUUUCCUACCUCGCCCUUUGUCUCGCUCCGCUCAUUCCAUACCAACAGCCAAAACGCUCUGCUUCCCUUGUGAGGCUGGUUUUUUCAUUCCGAGCACCUGCUGCCCUGUUUCGCCGCUGCGAUCUCAUUUCCCUUUCGUCUCAACCACUUCGCUCUCUCUCUUGCGCGCUCAAGACAGCUGGACGAUCGAUUGUCUCACCCGACACACGACUUUUUCUCCCGCCCACCGCGCCAGUGCAUAGCAGUGAGCGGCUCUGCUAAAGUGUGUGUUAUACCGGCACCUGUCCACCUUGUCCACUUUGCACCAUCGACGUUGAUCUGCACGCUACACUCUUCCACGUCAGUGGUGUUGUUCGCAUCUUCAUCAGCAACGACCACGACAACCGAGCAGUCUUACAUUAUUUAUCACCAACCCUUCUUGACAAAGAGAAGCUGCUACUAUGUACACACUCAAGGUCACAACCGUUGUUCUAAUGCUCUCCGGAGCCGUGAGCGCUGCCUUUGAUAACAACUGUGCUGCUCUAUGCCAGAAUAGUACACGAGAUACCUUUAAGACACUCAAGUGUAAUAGCGCUGACGACGCUGCUUGCAUUUGCCGCAGCCCCGACUUCAUUAAUGGCGUUCAAGAUUGUAUGGCCAAGAGAGGCUGCGAGCCCGAUGCUGGCGCUCUUCCCGGCUUCCUCAAAGGAUACUGUGGUAACAACCCUCUCCCUAGUGCUGCCGCUCCUUCCAGCAAGCCUGCUGCUCCCGCUACCUCUGCUCCUGCUUCCUCGGCCCCUGCUCCCGCCAGCACGUCCGCUGCACCUGCUAGUGUGUCCACGACGAGCUCUGUUCAGCUAUCCCAGACUGCGCAAACUACUCUGCAAACCUCUGCUAGCUCCGUUUCUCAGCAAGCUAGCGCUACGUCUGACGCUGCUGCCGAAACCUCCUCUGCUGCUGCCGCUCCCGAUGCCACUCCGUCUGGCAUUUCCCACGCUGCAUCAGUUGGUAUCGGAGUCGGUAUUGCUGCCGCUGUUGUAGGCGCUGCUAUUGUGGGAUUUUGUGUUUACAAGAACCGCAAGAAGACCCAGCAGAAGCCCCGCCAGUCCAUGGAGAUUUCUAAGCCAUUGCCCGGAUCUGGCCGCACCUAUCCCGACAACCACAAUGAUAGAGACUCGCUUGACAAGUACGAUAUUGAAAUGUCCUCUAACCGUUACGAGGACAUGGCACAGGGUCAGCAACCAAGAACAAUGGUGUAAAGGGCUAAAGAAGGAAUGUCUCUGUCAAGCAGCACAGCUUCUUCUUCUUCUUUUAUGCGAUUCUGAAGGUGGUCCGGUAUUGCCAUUUUGCUUCUCUUUUAUGUGUAUUAUAUUUUUCUCUGCACAUCUUUGUCGACGUUGCUUCUUUCUUUUCUCUGGCUUUUGCUGGGCGAUCUCGUGAGAAAACAAUCGGAACAACUGCGUCAAGUGUUGUUCUUUUGAUGCGAAAUAGGUAGCGAUAGUGUCUUUCAAUUUGAUAUCCAGUUUCUUCCACGCCACCUGGCAACAACGAUGAUUACACCAUGGAAUCUUUAAAGCUUAGUAGUAGUUUUCAACUUUUGGAUUGAAUGCUAAGUGAUGUAUAUGUACAAGUAGUAUUACAAAAAAUUGCUGCACCUAUGAUUUCUUGCCGUCGUGUGUGCAGCACCCGCAACGCUGCGUCUCAGUACCUGGGCGCUCUACCACGAGUAGUACGGGCGCUGACCGUUGAUGCGGCGGUUGGGCAAAUGGAUCCAAGGUCCCUUUGCCUCCUUCUUGGCUAUACUCUCAUUGUACUCUCGGAUGCGAGUACGCUCUUCCUUGAGAACAAUAGUAAAGCCUAGCAUAGUGCGUUAGUACUUCCGUAACUUUACAAGGGCUAUGCAUUGCAUCAACUUACUGGUAGCAGGAUGUUGAAUCAGACCCAUGCGUCCACGGCCUUUAUAAUCAAUCUCCUUGCCGCGCCAGGGCCCUCUUCCGACCCAGGAUUGGGCAACAUAGAGCCUUGAAGGGUCGCUAAUCUCCAUCCACUUGCCGUCCUUAUUGCGAAUCUUCACAGGCUUGUCCAGGAUCUCACCAUUCAGCUUGCCAAGUCCCAUACCGUUGCGAGCAAUGGCGAGAUCUCUAGCCUCCUCGAGGUAGUACUUGACUUCAAUGGCCAUGCGUUUCUUGGACCAUUUCAUCUGCGUAAUAGCCUCAUCCAGCGGCUUGCCGGCAAUCUGUCUUGCCAGCAUGACAAGCUUCUUCGUACUUGUUGGCAGCCACUCACUCUUGUGCAGGAGCUGUCGCUCCGUCAUCUUGAUCUUCUCCUCAGGAGUGACGACGCCGUUCUUGCGGACCAUUUGCAUCACCUUUUUGCGUUGCCAUCUCAUACGUCCGCGAGGAUCCGGGUCGGAGACCAUAGCAAGAGCCUCUUUAGUCUUUUCGUCAGGCUGGGACUGUACGUUUUCUUGACUGGUGCUGCUCUGCUCAAUUUCAUCCUGGAAGAUGUUGUCUUCGAUCUUGCCUCCGCGGGCGUUUCGUUGGAGGAAUUGUUGGCGCUUUUUCGGGUCGUUGAGCUCUGAGGUGACAUCGUCAGCACCUUUAUCGCGGCUGCCGCUUCCCCAUCCUUUGAACGGGUUCAAUGACCAUUUCUGUCGUCGUUGAUCGACUCGUGUGACGGCUGCCGUCUGUACCGAAGCGCUCAGCGGCGAGGCUGUAAAAAAACACGUUAAAUAAAUGAUAGAGGCGCAAUUGAUCCAAUAGGAUGCAUACCUGAAGCAGUCAGGCGCCGCGUAGCCAAACGUAAGCUCAUG